GCGAGUUGUAGAUUGAAGACCAUUCCGGGUUUGAAGUUGCCCAUGGAGGACCAGAAAUGCCGUUCGAGGUGAUAGUUGCAGCGGGGUCUGCCGUAGUUGAUUGCGCGAUGACUGGGAUGGCGAGUGCCGCGAUGGAGAAUACAGAAAAAAGCAUUUUGUUGCGAUGGUUGGGUUCCUUUUUUUCUUCUAACGUGGAUGCGUUGUCGGAGAAUGUGGGUUGUAAAUGUUGUUGUUGCUUUUUGCAAAGUAAUCCAGUAUUUGGCUUGGAAAUCCACGGCAGUAAUGAUGUUCGUGAAUGAAAGACAGAAAUUUACCACGCGACAAGCCAACCUUCAAAUACCAUCCGGAACGACGUACGCGGCCCUUGCCAUCAUCGGUCUCAGCUUGCUUACUUACCUGAGACCCGUCGCGGAGGAGAAAACUAAGCCGGAGGGGUCCCGCUGGGGCUCAUUGAUCAUUGCGAAGAUGGGCAAAAACAUUAUGAGUGCCCACUUACGCGUCAUAAUCGGCUUAGUCUACCCUCUAUAAGUCUGAUGUGCUGAUGGUUUGGUAAGACAAAAGUGCUAUUGGCUUGAGAACA